AUGGAACAUCAAAACACGAUUUCGUCAAUUUAUUCUGCUCUGGAAAAUGUACCACUUAUUUUGGCACCACAGUACUCCGCAUUACAAUCGGUAACAAUGCCUCAUGAUUUUACACUUGAUCUACCUCCUGUGAAUAAGUAUGACUUUAAUCUUGAACGUCAUAUUAUCGCUGAUUCAGAACGAUUUAGACAGGAAAAUGCCGCUUUGAUACAAAUACGAGCCCAGAAGUUACAAGCUCUUCAGGAUGCACGCAUUCGCAAGCAAAAAGAAGAAGCCAGAAAAAUAGCUCCUGGAUUCUUGGAUACAGAUCGAAGACUUUUAACUCCUGUGCCAAUGCACACAUCAUCUAAACGAACCAGUCAGCAAGUAGAAAAUGGUAAUCCUGCACCCAUUGGUGGUGAAGUUAGCAAUGACAAUCAAAAAGUGUUGCACGGGC